UAGUAAAGACUGUACAUUACAGUCAUUAAUUCGUAAUUCAUUAAAAAAUGUGGUUCAUUAUUUCAUUUUACUAUUGUUGAUUAUUAAUUAUUACAUGUGUGUUAACAAAUAAUUGAGUGUAUGUUAAUUCCAAAAGUUAAUUAUUUAUUAUUGAGUAUUUUUAACAAGUGCGAGAAGUAUUCAAAAUAGAUCAACAAAACGUAUCACCAAGUUAUUGAUUGCCAAUCGAGGAGAGAUAGCAUGUCGAAUCAUAAGAACAGCACGUCGUCUGCAAAUCGAAACCGUUGCUGUGUACAGCAAUGUCGACAAAGAUUCCAUGCAUGUGGCUAUGGCUGAUCAAGCUGUAUGUGUUGGUACAGCACCAAGUGCACAUAGUUACUUGCUUAAAGAACGUAUUGUCACUGCUGCAAUUAAAACUAAUAGUCAAGCCAUACAUCCUGGCUAUGGUUUUCUCUCAGAAAAUGCGUCAUUUGCUCAAUAUUGUCACAGUAACAAUUUAAUUUUUAUAGGCCCACCUUCACAUGCUAUUGAAAGUAUGGGAAUAAAAAGUACAUCAAAAGAAAUCAUGUCUAAAGCUGGUGUACCUGUAAUAGAAGGAUAUCACGGGAUAGAACAAAAUCCAGAUUUUUUAAAAAAUCAAGCUAAUAAAAUUGGUUAUCCUGUUAUGAUAAAAGCCAUUAAAGGUGGAGGGGGUAAGGGUAUGAAAAUUGUAUUAAAAGAAUCAGAAUUUUUUGAAAACCUUAUGUCAGCUAAAAGAGAAUCUUUAAGUUCAUUUGGUGAUGAUUCAGUUUUAAUUGAAAAAUACAUACAACAGCCUAGACAUGUAGAAGUCCAGGUGUUUGCUGAUAAGUAUAAUAAUUGUGUCUACUUAUUUGAACGAGAUUGCAGUGUACAAAGGCGUCACCAAAAAGUCCUGGAAGAAGCACCUGCUCCCAGAUUAAGUGAGACCAUAAGACAACAUCUUGGAGAAACUGCUGUUCGUGCAGCAAAAGCUGUUGGUUACGAAGGGGCCGGUACCGUAGAGUUCAUAUUUGAUAAUGUCACCAAUAUGUUUUAUUUUAUGGAAAUGAACACUAGGUUACAAGUAGAACAUCCUGUUACUGAAAUGAUUACUGGUGUUGAUUUAGUAGAUUGGCAAAUUAAAGUAGCUGAAGGUGAAGAAUUACCAUUAAAACAGAAUCAAAUCAAAUUCAAGGGCCAUUCUAUUCAAGCACGAAUUUAUGCUGAAGAGCCUUUUAAUAAUUUCUUACCAGCUGCUGGAAAUUUAAAAUAUUUAGACUGUCCGUUAACUUCAGAUGAAGUGCGUGUUGAAACUGGAGUACGAGAAGGAGAUGAUGUUUCUGUACAUUAUGAUCCUAUGAUAGCUAAAUUAGUAGUAUGGAGUGAAACUCGAUCAGAUGCAUUUGCUAAAUUAAAGAAUAAUUUGGCUGCAUUUAAUAUUGCAGGUUUGUCUACAAAUGUUCAAUUUUUAAUGUCACUGUGUAAACAUCCUGAACUAUUAAAAGGCAAUGUUCAUACAGGAUUUAUAGAAGAACAUAAAAGUUUUCUUCUGGCAAAAAACCUUCCUAAACCAGAAUUAAUUUCGCAGGCAAUUAUUGCUUUAAUAUUACACGAAGAGAAUUACACUAUUAGUAAAAAUGUUUUUACCAAAGAUCCAUAUUCACCAUUUACUACUCAAACUGGCUUUCGAGUAAAUCACAAUUUUGUGAGAAAAAUUAAACUUAAACAUAAUCUGAGUGGAGAAUUUUACGAUGUUAGCAUAGAGUAUUAUGAAGUAGGAUCGAAUAACAGUAAAUUCAAAAUAAAUUUUAAGAAUAAAGAUGUUGAUAUUGAGUCAAAUGUUAAUGGUAGUUUAGAUCCAUCACGACCUAACAAAUUCCAUCUAAUUUGUGAAGUUGAUGGUACAUUGUAUAAAUCUAAUGCUGCUUUUUUAGAAAACUCAAUACAUUUGUUUAAUAAGGAUGAACAAAACGAGUUUACUGUUAUUUUACCUUUUGAUGAAAAAACUAUGGAUAGUGAUGAACAAAACACAGUAAGUAAUGAAACUAUUAUAGCACCCACUCAAGCCACAAUAGAAAGAAUAAAUGUAAGUCUUGGUGAUAAUGUUAAUAACGGGGAUCCAAUAGUUGUUUUAACAGCCAUGAAAAUGGAAUAUGUUGUCAAAGCUCAGAUUGAUGGAAAAAUUGAAAAAAUCUUACGUAAAGAAGGAGAUAGCGUUAGAAAGGACGAAUUGUUAGUAAAAAUUACACCUAAAAAUUGAUUUUCAAUAUACAUUUGUGUAUUUUAUAUUUUUAAAUUA